UUCCAAACAAUUCCAUUCCAAACGUUGCAAGAAAACAAAAAAACAAAACCGUUAGAGAAACAAAGGGAAACCUUGUACUGUUAUGUAUCUGAGGGGAUAUUAUGAACGGGCUUCUGCAACCAAUACUUUCUCAACAAGCGAAAGAUCAGUGUCAGCUUUUACAUUCUGAGUUCAUUUGGCUUGAAGCCAGCAAUGCAAUCGGUGCCUUCCCUGCGUUCCCCUCCCUCCCCAACUCUGUGUCAUGAGCCACUGGUUUACUCUGUCCUGAUACUCCCUCGGCUUGAUUGUGUCCAUCAAUCUCUUCUGUAGCCCGUUUGCUUCUCGUUUUGGCUUUCGUCAAGUGGAAUCAGUUCUGCAGAUACUGGGUUUUCUUAGGGGAUUGGGGGAGGGAUUUUGUAAGUUAUUAGGGUUUAAGAGUGGCAGUAGGUGUAAGUAGAUGAAACGAUAAUGGCAGGGAGCGCGGCGGCGGCGACUCUGCUGACGGCUGUCUGGUUGGAUCAACUAGAAUUGGACAGCGCAAAGAAUAGUAAGAAGACAGCGGUUGUUGCUGGAAAACAAGAAAGUUUUGGUACAAGUAGAAGAAACCCACUCCACCUUUCCCUCACAAAGCCAUCUUGGAUUGUCAGAACAGAGUCAAAUGUACGGAAAGAAGUAAGGAAGAGGCCAGACCCACCUUGUGAGGUCUGCCAUGGAACUGGUAGAGUUGAUUGCCCCCAUUGUUCUGGACAAGGUGUCAACCAACCUCCCAGCAGGACUAACUGUGUGCAUUUAGCAAUGCUUCCUGAAGGUGAAUGGCCUAAAUGGUGCAGGACUUGUGGUGGCAGUGGCCUCAGCUACUGCUCCCGUUGCCUUGGAACUGGAGAGUAUAGGUAUAUCAUGGGCUUCCACUUCAUGAUGGCUUCUGAUGACACCAAAAACCAACCGCAGCAGCAUCAGACACCCGCUAAGAGUACAGCUGCCGGGGGGACUCUCGACGGAGAAGAUUUGGAUUCAAACCAUGACAUCUGAAGAUUCAGCAGAUAAUUUUGGCCGAAGCAGCUUCCAAAUUUGCAUUCUGUGUUCAGGUUGUGUAAAUUUUAGAUUUGAUGUGAAGAAAGCUGCUGUCACUGUAACGAAGAGAUUGUUUAUCAUUUUGUUUCAAA